GCUGCGGACCAUGGAGCCCCAGAAAAUCACGCCGCCCUCAAAGCCCCACCCCCCGGUAGUGGGCAAGGUGACGCAUCACAGCAUUGAGCUGUACUGGGACCUGGAGAAGAAGGCACCGCGCCAAGGCCCGCAGGAGCAGUGGGCCCGGUUCUCCAUCGAGGAGGAAGACCCCAAAAUGCACACUUACGGUAUCAUUUAUACGGGAUAUGCCACAAGGCACGUCGUGGAAGGCCUGGAGCCGCGGACCCUGUACAGGUUUCGACUGAAGGUCACCAGCCCCUCUGGCGAAUACGAGUACAGCCCAGUGGUCUCAGUGUCCACGACCAGAGAACCCAUAAGUAGUGAGCAUUUUCACCGAGCAGUCAAUGUGAAUGACGAAGAUUUGCUGGUUCGAAUACUUCAAGGAGGCAACGUGAAGGUUGAUGUUCCCAAUAAGCUGGGCUUUACGGCUCUGAUGGUGGCUGCCCAGAAAGGGUACACCAGGCUGGUGCAGCUCCUCAUUUCUAACGGCACGGACGUGAACCUGAGGAACGGAAGUGGCAAGGACAGCCUGAUGCUGGCGUGCUACGCGGGCCACCUGGACGUUGUGAAGUACCUCCGGAGGCACGGCGCUUCUUGGAAGACCAGAGACCUGGGGGGCUGCACGGCGCUGCACUGGGCCGCAGACGGGGGCCACUGCGGCGUGAUCGAGUGGAUGAUAAAGGACGGCUGCGAGGUGGACGCGGUGGACACUGGCUCCGGCUGGACCCCACUCAUGAGAGUGUCCGCCGUCUCGGGGAACCAGCAGGUCGCCUCUCUGCUCAUUGAAGCCGGCGCCGACGUGAACGUGAAAGACAAAGAUGGAAAGACACCGCUCAUGGUGGCUGUGUUAAAUAAUCACGAGGAGCUAGUGCAGCUACUUCUAGACAAAGGGGCGGAUGCGAGUGUGAAGAACGAGUUUGGCAAAGGCGUCCUGGAAAUGGCCAGAGUGUUCGACAGACAGAAUGUAGUCUCCUUACUGGAAGAAAGGAAGAAGAAGCAGACACCAAAGCAGCCAGCUGUCCCUUCUGUCCGCUGA